CUGGCAGUUUCUUUUUUAAAAGGCAAGCUCAAAGCCACAGAUUAUACAUUUUGCUCACAGCCCGUGCGGGUUAAAUAACCUACAGAGAGAGCGACAGCGUGUAACAAGCCUUUUAUCUCUCAUUUGGAGACGAGCAGCUUGCGCGUAAACGGCACCGGGCAUCACUGAAAGGAGAGAUCCAGGAAUAUUAUUUUGUUAUUUCAAUAUUUUUGCAGGGAGGGAAGACUAUUUUGUGGAUUGUGAGCAUCGAAUGCAGGGAUAUUGAGCGAGCAAAGCACCUGUGGAUGCAACACCCCCUCUGAUGCUCGGACUCAAAUCAUUCGCAAAGAAAGGAUUCAGCGCGAGAUAUAGUUGAUAAUCGUUUCCAACCAACGCCCUGCUUUUAAUAUACGAGUAUCGCGCCAUGCUGUGGAGUGUUUCCUUCCUACUGCUUCCCCUGCUGAGCAUCACCGGCUGCGGCUCGUCCUUCGUGCCUUGCCAGCCGUGCGAUCAGAAGGCCCUGUCCAUGUGUCCGCCGGUGCCGGUGGGCUGUCAGCUGGUGAAGGAGCCCGGCUGCGGCUGCUGCCUGACGUGCGCGCUCGAAGAGGACCAGCCGUGCGGCGUGUACACCCGGCCGUGCACGCGCGGACUCCGCUGCCUGCCCAAGAAUGGAGAGGAGAAGCCGCUGCACGCGCUGCUGCACGGCCGGGGGCUGUGCAGGAACGAGAAGUUGUAUAAACUGCUGCAUCCCUCCAAAGACGGAGAAUCUCAGCAAACCAAAGCACCCUUAAGAGACCACAUCAGCAGUCGGAAAGCCCAUGCCAUGAAGCAGGCCAAGGAUCGCAAGAAGCAGCUGGCCAGGCUUGGACCCUCCAGUAAUCUGGACUUCUCCCCACUCAGCCUGGAUAAAACAGAGCCCGAGUUCGGCCCCUGCGGAAGAAGACUGGAUAAUCUCAUUCAGAGCAUGAAGGACACUUCUCGGGUGUUGGCUCUCUCUCUGUACAUCCCAAACUGUGACAAGAAGGGCUUCUUCAAGCGCAAGCAGUGUAAGCCGUCUCGUGGUCGCAGAAGGGGGAUCUGCUGGUGCGUGGACCGAUUUGGCGACAAAAUCCCCGGCAUCAACUACACCGAGGGAGACCUGCAGUGCAAAGAUUUCGACAGCAGCACCAACACCAACGAAUGAGAGGGAGCCUCUCCUUAAACCCACCAAUCAAGCUAGCACACGUCAUGACGGCCAAUCAGGAAAAUAUGGCACAAAUGCUUUUAAGUAUGGUCAGGUGUGAUGGACUGUUUUUAUUUGUUUGUUCUUUGAAAAGCUUCACAUGUAGGUCUUGACGCCCCAUUGACCGUAUAUGUUUGAUGGUAGCUAUCACCUCACCUCUUCAUAUUCAUAGAAAAUAGAGGACUAUAUAUAUUUGUAUUAUAUUGAUAAUAUGUUGUGUACUGAGUGUAUUGGUAUCCUAGAAACUAUGAGACAAGACAUGUUUUCAAUGUGGCUUAAACAUUGCAUUGAAGAGCUCUCCGUCCAAAUUAGCAUUACCUUACUAACUGUUACGUGUGAAUGACAACAGGAUGUAAAAGAAAUCCAAAUCUGACUCCAUAUCCUGCCGACUAACACUGAACACAUCAUCUUUUGGUCUACUCACUCCUGCAAAAAUCCUGUUUUCCUCACAACAAGUGUGAAGAAUCCACUUUCGAUGGUCGCUGUGCUUAUAAAUCAUGUUCUUUAGAGGUGAUCCCUUUCUUCAUCUCAAUCUAGCAAACAAACAUACUAUAUUGUACUGCAACAAGUCAGAUAUUUGGCCUUUUAUUAAGUCCAGACAACUGCGUCCACUGUUUGUAAAUGUGUGUACAGAUUGUGUCUGUAUGUGUGUGUCUAAUGUGCCAUGCCCUUUAUAGUUCUCAAAUACAAAGAAGCUUCGUUUCUCACUUGAGCUACUGUCGGACAAAAUGUGGUGCCGAGCAUUUCCCUCCGCACACAAAUGGUAUGCAAAGGCCCCGCGCUGUUUGUGAGUCCGCCUGUAGGUUGUCAGUCUGCUCUCUGUCUUUACCGGCUCCUGUAUCACGUUAAGAGCAAGGUUGCUAAGUUUGUAUGGAAAUUAAAGUGCCUUCUGCCCUACGCCACUUUGAAUUUUUAUUUGCGUGAGGCCCCGACGGUGUUGUCGAAUCAGGGCCAGCACAAAGGAGGUCAACGGUUAAGUGUGUAUACGAUGACAGAAGACAGCAUUUUUGUUCUGUUUUGUUUGAUAUAAUCUCAAUGUUCAUUUCGUAUAAUCUCAGACAUUCCCAAUGCCUAAUCACUAUAUUGUGACACAAGGAGAGCGUGGCGUCAUCAGCUUAUUCUCCCCCACUGAAAAAAAAACUUGUAUCAUGAUUCUAGCACUCAUGUGAACGCAUCACAGUGACACUUUGAACAUUUAAGACUCUCAGUUAAAAAAAGAAAUGUGAACAUUAUGGUGAAAUAUUUAUCAGGCGUGUAAUUGAUGUACUCGUUUUUUUUUGUAAUGACAAAUCACUAUUUAAAUAAAGUUCAUGUAGUCACAACAAA